AUGGAGUUGUCAAGUGCUCAAAUUACUGAUUCUUUUGUCACUGAAACCGCGAAAUAUAAAACCAAAAAUUCCAGAGCAGCAUUAACUGGAGCGCAAAAAAAAGACCUAUGCCAGAAAAAAUUAAAUAACCCUUCUUUUACCAACAAAGAACUUGCUAGACUUUUUCAUUGUGAGGAGUCUACAGUGAGUGAAAUAUUGACAAAUAAAGAACAUUGGCUUAAUGUUGAUGAAACGUCGUUAGCAGGAAGAGCGAAACGUCGUCGUCAAAGUGAUUAUCCAAACAUCGAAGAGGCAAUGGCUCCGAAACUCACAAUUUUGGAUGCAAUUAAUUUUUCCGUUUCUGCAUGGGAUAAGGUAACAUCUAAGACUAUAAUGUCUUCUUGGCGUUGUGCUGACAUCCUCCCACAUGGCAUAUUUGAACAAGAAAUGGAUACUAUUCCGUACGAAACUCAUGAAACUGAAAUUAAGAUUGUUAAUCUCAUUGAACAAUUGCCGAUAGAUAAUCCAAUAAGCGUAAAAAAUUAUAUAAAUAUCGACAAAGCUAUUGACUUAAACAAUAACGCUGACGAUGAUACUUUAAUGCAACAAAUAGUUGACACUAUCAACCAAAUUGAGGUUCAAGAAGAGGAAAGCGUGCAAUCAGAACGGAUUGUUACUAGUUCAGAGGCUUUAGUUGGAAUUGAAAGUGUUUUGGCGUAUAUUGCUCAGAAAAAUCUUGGAGUAGAAUUGUCUGUUGUUAGAUGUUUGACGAAAUUGAGAAGAAUGAUAUCACAAAACAGUCUAGAAUUGGCACGUCAGACAAUACUUGAUGAAUUUGAAUUUGUAAAUGUUGAAUAA